AAUUUGAUUAUCGAGGAUCGAGAGGAAGCCGAGAUUUUUGGAUAGGGUUUAGGGUUAAUCUGAAUAAAAUUUGAUAUGAAUUGGGAUCCCUAUCCAGAGGACCCAAAUAUCCUCGAUAAUCAAAUCUCCGCACGUUGCCAAUCCCUAUCCAAAAAUCUCCGCACGGAGCCGCACGUAACCUAAAAAGCCUCCUCCCAGGAUAUUUGGGUCUCCUCUCUUUUUCUUCCUUCCCUUGUAACACCUUGGCUUCUCCUCUGGCUUUGUCUAUGGCUUAGAGCCUUAGACUGAUGACAAGUUAUGAAGGAUGGAGGGAUUGUGAGAUCUGUUCUUCCUAUUUUGUUAUGGCAUUUGGUGUUGGCUUAGAAACCUGUUGAUGGGUUUAGGGUUAAUCUGAAUCUCUCGGUUUCUUCUGUCUUUUCUUAUUCUUGUCUUUUGUUAGGGUAAGACAAGACAGAAGAAAACCAGAUUUGAUUUUCUGGAAUGUGGGAAAAGGCUGAUCGCCGCCGUCUCUGGGUUUCUGAAAGAUAAUUUGUGGAACUGGGCCCAGUUGCUAUGGCCCAGGAUCAGGAUCAGGCCCAGGCCCAAGUUUUAAGUUUUCCCGCUACAAGGAAAAAAAAGGACUAUUUAAAGCUCUGCGAGUUUCUAAAUCUCGGUCCCAUUUCUUCGCCUGAGGUUCAAGCUUCGACGGGAGGUUCAUCCUCGUCGAGCGGAGAAUUCCAGAGGAGAAUUCGAGCGAAGCUGAGAAGUUCCAUUUCGAGUGAUCUCAGACAAUGGAGGUUGGGUCCUAUAGAAGCUUGAGGCCACUGGUUUCUGGUGUGAAAUUUGUUUUAAGGCAGCGAUUAGCUUUGCAUAGGCAGAUUCGGAGUCCCGUGUUGGUCUCAGCUCGUGUUUUGAGUCCAGCUCGUGUCUUAACUUCAACAAGACUGUUGAGGCAGCCAAUUUUAACUAUAAGACCUGGUUGGUGGAGGUCUGUUCAUGAUGUUUUUCUGGAUGUUGUCCCUGGAGGUUUGUGGGUUGUGGCUUCUUUGUUAUGUUCUUUGUUGGGUUUAAUAGGGGCCGUGGUUGUCAGGCAAAACAUAGGUAACUUGGUGCUUGCCGUUCGUCGUUAUUGGAGGCUACUUUGCAAUAUAUGGAGAGUUGUUCGCAAUCAUUGGGAUAUUAUAUCUCAAGUGUGGGAAUAUAUAAAUACUAAUUGGGACCAGAUCUAUAACUUUGUUUCAGUAAAUUGGGGAACUAUUUGGCAGAUCUUGGAAUAUGUUUCAGCAAGCUGGGAUAGUAUUUUGCAGAGCUUGCAAUAUAUUUCUACAAACUGGUACACUGUUCUCCAGGGUUGGGAUUACAUUUCCACCAACUUUGACGUUGUUGAGCAGAGCUUGGACUACAUUUCGGCAAAUAGGGAAUACUUACUUGCCAUUUGGCAGUGCCUUGUAGCUAUCUGGAGGUUCCUAAGAGCUAUCUGGAGGUUUGUUAGAGCUCUUAGGGUGGGCCUUGCAGUAUGUUUUCCUCUCAUACCUACUCCCCCAAUGUUGCCUCUUCCCAGAAGGUUUCCUUAUCCAUAUGGACCAGGUUUGCAGGGAAUCAACAAUCCACUCAGAGGCCCCACAAUGAUAGUGCGUAGGUCUGGUCACAAUUGUUCAUAUGAAAAUGUUAUUGGGUUGGCUGGAGUACUUUCAACUGUUCCUCCGAAUCGUUUCUUUCCUCCCAUUAGCCCGGAUGCAGUGCUCGCGAUUGUGACGCCAUUGUUCCUCAGAAUCGUCUAUUUCGUUGCUUAGGUUAUUGUUAUAGGCUGUGACUUUAAGCAAAUUUAACUCGGUUGAUUGAUAGUUUUGGGAGUUGGAAGGCUUGAGAGAUAUGCUGGUUCCCGGAUUUUGAAGCUGAUUGACUUGCAUCAGCAAACAUUACUUCAGAGCUGCUGGACUUCUUACAUUUUGGUCUGCAUAUUCAGCCUAGUUACUGGUAGAUUUGAGGAAUAUCGAACUUUCUGAGUGAUGCAAGCCUGUUUCUUAUCUUUUGUGCAGAGUACAUGCUACUUUUGUGUAGUUAGAUAAACACAGUUUGAGCCAAGUUUCUGAAAGUUUGAUUUGCGAACCAUUAGCAACUGGCAGUAUAUAAAUCAGUUGAGUCACUAAAUUUGAAAUA